AUGGAGGAAGAGAAGAUAGAAGUGAAAAAACCAAAAGAGAGAGUGCUAUAUGCACGAAGUAAGCUGCUCAAUGGAUCCAAACCACCAGUGGUCGGGGGUAAGCCCAUAACUGAAGAAUUGGCAAUUGAACUUCGCAUGACCUGCUUUGGCACAGCAUCUUGCCCUCCUCGAGGCGAGUGGAUCCGCAGUCCUCUAGUCAUGAGGCCACCAGACCAGCCGCUUGGCUACGGCAUCGCUGCGCCUCGAAACGGCGCCAGAUCUUUGCUGUCUGGUCUUCAAGCCCAUAUUAUCAAGUGGCUGCUCUUUGAUUCCAGGCCUCAGACUAAAGAUAAUAAGUCUGAUGUACCGCCGGAUACUUACCUCCGUCCUUCAGAAGAGCGACAGGAGGAGGCGCUCUGGCGUGCCUGUAGUGAAGUGGUAUGGCGCAGUGCUGGUGGGUUCAAUCAGCAAGCUGGAUUCCAGCCUGUAGCAGUAGUCGCGUUGCCCGGCGAGAACACCUAUGUGCAACACAGCUCUUAUUAUUACCAGGACGGCUUCACUGAGAAGCUGUGCCUAUUCGAGUUCAAGAAUCUGGAGGACGUUCAAGUGUUUCUAAAGCGGUAUUUAUAUUUGUUUCAAACUGAAGAAGGUGCUGGUGCGUUACUUCUUCUAUACGCCGUUGUACUUUCAAGAGGUUGUGAGAACAUCAAAAAAGAUCUAGACGGGAAGCUGUCUCAUCUAGUGUCGCCACACGUUGAAGGAUCUAUCAACGUGGUCACCUUACUUCUGAGUGGACGAGCUACUCCAUACCUUCACAAUGGAGUGCUAUACGUUGGCGAUGAAGACCAUUAUGCCAUGCCGCAAUUUGGAAUACUAUCUCGCAGUCCAGUCGGUCUACUGGUUUGGUACGGAGGCGAUGAGAAUGCGAAGAACAACAUCAACAAACAGUAUCCUGGAUCCAGACUUAAAACCCCAGCUUUACCUAUAUGGGUAACCAGCUGUUCUGGACAUUAUGGCGUUCUGUUUAACACCAAUCGGGAGCUCCUCAGGAACUAUCACGCUGAAAGAAGGUUCGACAUCCACUACUACACUUGCGGCGGUUGCCAUGUCCUGCUCAACGUCGACACUCGCGCUCACGACGACGCCGGCACCAUGAGAACCGAUGACAUCACCGCAACACCACUAGAGAAGCUUAUACAUACCAAGUGGCAAGAUGCAAAAAUUACAUGGACUGGAAAUGCACCGCACGCUGGCGAGACGCCGAAAUAAAAAAACAGAAUAAGCAUUUAUAGAGCCGCACUUUGGCCAGACCGCAAAAAAAGCAUUUAUAGGGAUCUGUUUAUAGUGUAGCGAACAGCAAAAUAUUUUAGUAUGAAGGACAUCACAGCUACUUCACAAAUAGCACAUUAUUUUGCUAGAGAUUAAAAUUAAUCAGGCGAUAAAACCAUGAGAAUAUCAAAGCUUAGAUACUUUCAAAAUAGUACAUAAUAUGUUUUUGCCGUAGGUAAAAUUUUUGCCAAAAAAAAACUAUUCUGGAUUUUGCUACGUCAAGAGUGUCACUCUACAAGCUUAGGUCGUCUCCAUAAUGUCCCAGGCGUUGCAGCGGCUGUGACGUUCUUGUGAUGUCGUUUUAAUCAUUUUGCAAAAAAAAAUAUAGUUAUACUAUGCUUGAUCAAAGUUUAGGUUCGGUUGGAUAAUAGAGAUUUUGGCCUAUAGCUCAAAACGCAUGCUUAUAGGUCUAAAUAGUACACAGUCUUAGAGGUAGAGAGAAAAAAUAGUUCUAAACAAUAGCUACUGUAGGCGUUAGGAAUAAUGUAGUUAUAUAUAUUUUUUUAAUUUGGAAAAUCUAUAUGUUGCAUAUGGGUAUUGACCAUACACUGAUGGCAAAAAACGAUGAUACAAUUUUAUUAUAUUAGAAAUGUUGAAUUCAAACCGCAAUUUGUCGUUUGUCAGCCGUCUGUCUGUCCACAUUAGUAAUUGAAACUAGCUAGGUUUAUUAGUUCGUAUGGAAACACCGACACAGCUCCCAAAGCUUGAAUAUUAUAUGCUUUUUCCCUCCAUAGGAAUAGCAUUAGUACAUUCAUUAUCUACACUUUCAACAAAAGUUAGACCGAAAAUUUAGUUAAAUAACCCUAGGGAAAGAAGUUAAAUCAACGCUUUUAUUAGAUUUAUUCAAAUAACAUUACAAAUAUACGUAAAACAGACUUAUUUAGAAAGAAUUUUAGAUUGGAUUUUGAAUGUAUUGUCAACGAAUUCAAGUACCAGGGUACUAGAAGUAUUUAGAAGGUAAACGAAAGUAUUUGAUAUUGUGAUGUGUUAUAUAUAUUGAUUAUAGAUAGUAAACAUUC